AUGCUGAGCAUAUUGCGGGUUCACCUUCCCUCGGAUAUCCCGAUAGUUGGCUGUGAGCUUGUGCCGUAUGUGUUGCUGCGGCGCUCCGAUGGCAGCACAACGACCGAUGAUAUCCCGGAGUCUGAUCCCGUCGAUGGGUACUACCUGAAGUAUAGGUGGUGAGUGAGAUUCUCUUGUUUUGACCCUUCAAUCUUUUUUAGUUCAUGUGGCUGUACUUUCCACCGGAUUCGUUGCUGUAUAUGCUGUUGCUUCGCGUUCUUUUUUGUUUUGAACCUGUUUGCCUCACUCAUCAAUCCAUUUUAUGUUUGAGUAUGUUUGUUUUUAUUUACGUGAUUUAAAACUAAUAUCCCGUUCUCUGGAAGAUAGGUAUCAUUUUGCUUUAAAUUAUGUUUUAUGGUUUAUAUAUCCAUAUGGGUUACGUAGUUGGGAAAAAUCAUUUCCUUUGUUCGCUGCAGAAUGCUAUGCUCUGGAAAUGUAUUAGACCCUCAAAAAAGCAUGUAUUGAAAUGCCUCUUUACUCAAUUUCUCAGAGCGUUUUCACGGCCACUGGUCUUCCUUUACUUCAAUUGAAACUUUAGUUCAAUAGGUUCGUUGUAAAAAAAUAAUGCAUUAGUUCAUAGUGAGAACUAGUGGCUAGUUCGAUGCUAUGUCUUUUAAUCCCAACAACUUUUAUUAGAUUUGGAUACCAUAAUAGCUUGUAGUCAACGUUGUUGACUUUGAUAGCUGAUUAAGUCAGGGCCGUCAGGUCAUCAUUUUAUUAAGGGUGGGUACUUUAACUUUGACAUUUUCCUCGCUUUGCUGGUUUCUAUUUUGAUGGAAGACUACAUGGGGAGUGGACUGAGGUUAUUGUUGAUUUUACGGUGAGCUAAGGCACUGGUAUCUCGGCGAAGGGCAUAAGAGUACUCUGAAAACCAGGGCCUAGGGGGAUUGUCCCAAUUAUCAUUUUUAUAGAAAAUAACUGUUCAUUCCAAACAGUGCUUUGUUAUAUUCUCUUUUUGGCGCAAAUUACACGUGAAGAUCACCUUGGACAUAAAAAUAACACAUCACUUUAGGAUUGUCAUCAUUCUUUCAAAGGGAUUCAACAUCUACCCACUAAAGUUGGACCCAUCUGCUAGAAACGUGAUGCUCUUAAUCCUUUUGAAUUUUCGGUGUAUAUUAAUUUCAGAUUAUUUUUGAAGUUCUACCUCUUUUUUUUCACCUUCACGUAUUUGGGCCUCCUUGUGUUUGUCGUGAUAUAUCCACAUGGAUCUAAUUUUUUUUAGCGUAUUUAUUUUAUGCAAAUAUAUUAAACUUAACUGGCCUCAUUCUACUUCGGUAUAACCCAUAAAAGGAAAAAAAAUCUAUUGAGUCUAAUUUGUCUAUUUGGCAGAUUCGAUCAUUUGCUUUUUUUAUUGAUAAAAGUGAUAUUUUCCGAAAUCUCUGGUUAUUCGAUUUAUGGGACAAAUUAUGUUCCCGUUCCCCUAUCAUUUCAUAUUUUGUUCUUAGACUUGUCCAAGUCUAGGAAGAUGUUCUAGGAAUGUGAUUAACUGAAGUUGGAUUUUUUCGUCCAGCUGUGCGAUUUCCGAAAAAAAAUGGUUAGUUUUUUUUAGGACGGGGGAAAGUGAGGUUUAGGUAUCUUUUAUGUAGACCUCUCUCUUUUAGGGAUUAUACAUUAAAGUCCCUCCGUCAUUGGGCCUAAUUUUUAUCCUAUAAUAACAUGUUAUUUUAGUGGAAUGAUGAAUCUACUUGAAUCUUCAAUUGGAAGGGCACCAUACAUUAAAGUCCCUAUCGAUUUGGCAUUUGUUGAGAUGAGUCAUGCUCAUAAUUGGGUUGAUUUCAAACGAUAACCUUGCAGUUAGCUUAAGGCAGGUUGUCUAUCCAAUCAUUCAAUUUCCCGUUGAGUAACUAGUACUUAGAAUAUGUGCCAAGGCAUUUGCUGGCAACCUAUUCACUGAAUGGUUGCGGACUAAUCAUGAUCUGGUAACAAAUGUCUGCAAAAUGAUCUUUAUUGAUCUUACUGUCAUAAAACACUGAUUCUCUGCUAGUUAGACGUUUGAGUAAUUUAUCAGCCUUCAAGAUUUAUGCAAGAAUUGUUUAGCUUGAGAAAAUAAACAUUGUCAUUGUGCACCCAUAAUGCUUUAUUCAUUUAUCAAUUGUAUAUAACAAAAGUGCGCCACUUUUUUCUGUGGAAUGACAUUCAUAACUUCAUCCUUGGGUUUUUGUUUAUGUAGGUAUCGUGUACAAAAUGACAAGAAAGUUGCCGUCUGCAGUAUUCAUUCUGCCGAGCAAGCAACAUUGCAGUGCCUAGGUUGCAUUAAGGCAAAAAUACCUGUUGCUAUGAGUUACCAUUGUUCCACUAGAUGCUUCUCAGAUGCUUGGCAACACCAUCGUACUUUGCAUGAUAGGGCAGCUAAUGCUAUGAAUGAAAAUGGUACUGAAGAGGAGGAGUUGUUUGGGCGUUUUAACAGUACUGGAUCUGGGGCCGUCAAUGCUUCACUCUCUGGUUCGGCACCUAAUGUAGGAUUGAAUCCAGGCUUAAGUAAUGGCUCUACUCCUCUGUAUCCUACCUCAGUGAUUGAAAGGAGUGGUGGUGAGAGCUGGUUUGAAGUUGGGCGGUCUAGAACAUACACACCUAUUGCAGAUGACGUUGGCCACGUUCUAAGGUUUGAAUGUGUAGUAGUUGAUGCAGAAACGAGAAUACCUAUAGGAGUUGCAAAUACAAUUUCUACGUCACGUGUCAUUCCAGCUCCCUCUCCCAUCCCACGUCGUUUGGUACCUGUACGUGGGGUUGGUCUGAUGGGUAAUUAUGAUUAUGAUGGUCGAAAUAUGACUUCCGAGACAUUCACUGUUCUCUCAUACAACAUCCUUUCAGAUGUCUAUGCAUCCAGUGAAAUGUAUAGUUACUGCCCAUCAUGGGCUCUUUCAUGGCAUUACCGCCGCCAGAAUUUGUUGCGGGAAAUCAUUGGUUAUCAUGCUGACAUCCUGUGCCUUCAAGAGGUAUAUCGCUCUGUGUUGGGAUUUGUGAUUUCGAAGAGGGCAUGCUUUGUUUUCACUGCCACAUUCUUGUUUUCUAUAGGAUGCGUACAAAACUCAGGCUUCAUAAUGAGUAAAAUAUGCAAUCAGUUAUUUUCCUUUCGGCAUCUUGCUUUAUAUCUAGCCUGUUUUUGAUGUUCUACAUUCUUUGGGACUUGAUGGACUUCUCCUACAUUAUAUUUUUCUUCAUGCCCCUAGGUUACAGGAGAUCCUGGUCCCUUUUCUGUGCUUGAAUUUAUUUUGGAUGAACACUUGCCUAAUCAAAAAGAUAAGCUGUUGUAAAGUUGGCCCUUGUGUGCCUUUUUGAUAUAAAGAAAUGGGGGUGUGUAUGGAGAGUGGAGUUUUUGGACUUCUGCCUGGCAAUGCUUAAGAUUUUUUCUUUUUCUGCAGGUUCAAAUCAACCAUUUUGAUGAGUUUUUUGCCCCAGAACUUGAUAAACAUGGAUACCAAGCACUCUAUAAGAAAAAAACUUCAGAAGUAUGCGUUCAGCCUACUGUGCUUCUUAAGUAUGCUUACUAGUAUUUUUAUAUUCGUUGUAUAUGUUGUACACACUACCAUCUGUUGCAGGUUUUUAAUGGAAGUCCAAAUACAGUUGAUGGCUGUGCUACAUUUUUUCGUCGCGAUAGGUUUGCACACGUGAAAAAAUAUGAGGUAGACAUCCAUUUUAUAAUCACCAGAAGAAAAUCUUCAUUCCUUUGUCUGCCUUACACAAUCGUGUGCGCAGGUAGAGUUCAACAAGGCUGCUCAAUCUUUGACCGAUGCAGUAAUUCCAACCGGUCAGAAGAAGCCUGCUUUGAAUCGAUUAAUCAAGGUUGGUGAUUUUCCAGUUAAAGUUAGGUUGUCCAUUGUUCCAAAGUACUUUUUUGAAUUUUGAUAAAAAUAAACUUCAUGUUUCUUUCGUAGGAUAAUGUUGCAUUGAUUGCUGUUUUGGAAGCAAAAUUCAGUAACCAAGGUGCAGAUGCUCCUGGAAAGAGGCAGCUUCUUUGUGUGGUGAGAUGUUAUGUUCCUUUCAUUUAAUACAACUUAAAUCUGUGUGAUCCAAAAUCAUUAGUGACCAUGAUCUGCUCACUCUCCUCUCACUUUUUGAAAGUUAGAUUGUACAUUGAAUUGAUCAGCUAGGUAAUCUUUUCAAUGGUAGGUCUUGCCUUGUGUAUUGUUCGGAUAAUAGGGGAUGACAAAGAAAAAGAAUCCCUGUCAAUUCUGGAUUCCUUGCCGUAUCUAUCUUUGGAGGAGGGGGGAAGGGAUGGGCUUCAAUGAAGAUUGUUAGUCGAAACAGCUCCAGGGGAUUGGAUCCUCUCUUGAUUUACAGACAAAAUGGAUCUUGUUAGAGUAGUUUUUGAUUUUGUACUGAUGGGCCGAAUUGGUCCAGUCUUUUGCUAAUACCUCUGUCCUAAACAGAGGAGGCGAUUAAUCUCAAUUGACAAUUCUAACUGGGUAGUCAUGCAAUAAUGCUCUUCACUGUCCUCCUUUGUUGUGCAUUACUGGUUACUUUUCUGGCAUGGCUUACCUUCUUGAUUUUUUCUUUGGUGCUCUUCCCAUCCCCAUAGAGAGGAGGCUGAUCACGCCAUGCCACCCUCUCACAAACAGUCCUGCUGCUGCCUAGGGUCUCACCUAUGCUUGCUCGAACGGUUUCUGGGUUUUCGUUGUGUCAUGCCUUCUCUCGACGGUUUCCAUUUGUCAUUGUGCAACCUAUCUCGUUGUUUUUGGGUCACAUCUACCAAUGCGUUUGCGUCCUAUUUACUGCGAGAGUUUACAAUAGAAGUAGAAAACUAAAAUAGUUGCGUGAAAGCUCCAAAUCCAUUGUGCCUUCGUUUAUCAUUCAAUCCAAUCUUUUCUCACCCAUUUCUCAAUCAUGUGUACUUUGCCUCGGGUGUCUGAGAUUGUCAGUUUUUGUUCUAUCUUACAAGAUUGCCAUGAACUAGGAUACUACAUGCUGGACUGUCUUGAACAAGGAUACCACAUGUCUCAUGGCGGCCAAUAGUCUUAGUUUAAAGUCGUUAAGUAUUUAAGGUUGCUCUAUUUAACAAGCUAAGCUCGACUAACAUAUACUCCACCUUGACGUAGAGUUUUUAUUUUUGUUGUGAAUUAGUCCUGUGGACCGAGACUCAUGCAGGGUCAACCUAGCUGUCCCCUCUCCCACUAUGAGGAUACUAAUCUUAAUGGAUUACGCUGUUUGGCACCUCUCUUUGUCAUUCUUGAAUAAAUAAAAUCUAUGGGAUACCUUAGAAAGAUCAUCUGUAAACUUAUGAUGCUUACAAAUUUUAUGCGACUAGGAUGGAGUAAAUGCGAGGGUUGCUGGGUUACUACAUUGGUGUUGAAUUUUCUCUGGUAAGUUGCAACGUGCAUGGACUUAGAUUUGUAAAGUGUGCUAUGAGCGAGAGAAGUAGCUGGUAUUAGUCUGGAGAAUAAAAGGGAACUGAUGGAAAGUUGACUGCGCUCUGUGAUAACAUGGCCGUUGAUAAUUCAGUCGAUCCUGAAGGAAAUUAAGUGAAAGGCUGUUGACUUCAGGAGACAACCUCUGAAGUCCUCCACAGUUAUAAGAUCCACAACCCUUCUUCAAAGCAUUUGUGAAUGGCUGUAUCCCAUCAAAUGCUUUAUCGGCCUCUUUUCAGCCUUGAAUUCGAUUCCACUUAUAGUGAUGCCCGGCCAUUACUUGGGCUGCCGUCAACUCCUCAGCAGCUGUAGGCGCCUGCUAAAUAUUUAUACUGCUUUUGUGAGAAUUCUAUGGAUGCGAGCAAUCAUACUCGUCUGUGAGUAGCUUUAGCACUCUGGUCCACCUUGAAUAGGACAGAUCUUCAUAUUGAUAGGUGCCCGAGCUGCAAUAAACCUGAAGUCCCAAUUAAUGCGUUUAUUCUUGACCAGAAUAUCUGAGUUGUCCACUCGUUUUUGUGGAGUCUUUUUAUGGCAUGUGGUUAUUACUCAUGCUGACUUUUCUCUAGAUUCCUCGAUCUAUUUUUGGCUCAAGUUGCGUUGACCAUGUGAAUUUUUCUACAAGAAUCCAAAUCUUCUGCUAUCUUGCCUUGUGAUAUAACCUUGUGGAAGAUACUCGGUUCAUUUGGGUGCUUUGAGGAUGAACAUAUGCAGUGUUUGAUGCCACUAGUGAGGAAUUCUGCGCUUCAGAAAAAAAAGAAGAAAUGUUUCACUACCAAAAGGGCAGAAUAUGGGCCAAUUUCUUUAUUUUCACUAUCAGAAAAUGUGGAAUAAUAUAUUUUUAUAAAGCAUUGGUUAAUUUCCGACCAAAAGACUUUCAUCUUACGUAAUCAUAUGUUACCUUCAUUAGCAGCACUCUGAUUAUGGACUCCAAAAUGAUUCAAGAGAGAGAAAACUGGGGCUGUGGAAGAAUUCCCAUACAAGCAAAAUCUAGCUUUCUUCUAGUAAACCUUCACUUCUAAUCAGAAUGCGAGGUGUUUCUUGCAUCCUUCAUUUCCCGAUAAUCUACUCUUGCUGUUACGUUGGCGAUUGCUCUCUCUCUCUCUCUCUCUCUCUCUCUCUCUCUCUCUCUCGCUUUCUCUCUCUGACUGAACCUUCUCUUUUUUCCAUCAGGCGAACACUCACGUAAAUGUCCACCAAGAUCUCAAGGACGUCAAGCUGUGGCAGGUUCUCUCAUCUCAUGCUCCGUUGUUCUUCGAAGCUUUCUUCUUCCUCCUCAUUUUCUUGCCAAAAAAAGUAACUUCUCCCUUCCAGGUGCACACCCUCUUGAAAGGGCUGGAGAAGAUAGCCAUGAGCGCCGACAUCCCCAUGCUGGUCUGCGGUGACUUCAACUCCGUCCCCGGAAGGUCAGUACCCAUCCAUCCAUCUCUCAUCUUUUCCUCCAUCCCGCCCCCUCCUCUCUCAACGAAUCACCGUUAAUGGCGGAUGCAGCGCCCCUCACGCGCUCCUCGCCAUGGGGAAGGUCGACCCUCUUCAUCCAGACCUGGUCGUUGACCCGCUCGGAAUUCUUCGCCCCGCCAGCAAGCUAACCCACCAGCUUCCACUGGUACACCUUCUCUUCUCCAAAACCGCCUUCUCCUUCCUUCUCCACCGCCCGCUGACCCGCGACGGCGCUGGCUGCAUGCAGGUCAGCGCCUACUCGGCCUUCGCGCGCAUGGCCGGCGCCGAGCAGAAGCGGAGGAUGGACCCCAGAACGAACGAGCCCUUGUUCACCAACUGUACGAGGGAUUUCAUCGGCACUCUCGAUUACAUUUUCUACACCGGUGAGUUGACUUUGCCCCCCUCACCCAUUAAUUUCACCUUCUCGAGGUGCCCAUAUCUGACCUUCCUCUUCUUCUUCCUCCGCAGCGGACUCCUUGACGGUGGAGUCUCUGCUUGAGCUGCUAGACGAGGAAGCCCUGCGCAAGGACACGGCUCUCCCCUCCCCGGAGUGGUCUUCUGACCACAUAGCGCUUCUGGCCGAGUUCCGGUGCAACCCUAGGGCGAGGCGAUGA